CGCGCGAGGAAUCAUGGAGGACGCAGUGACGGUCGCGCUCGAUUCCACGGUGAGAAGUCACAAUUCAAGUCACUCGAAAGAGUCGAAGGACUCCGUGAACUCGGAGUCAAAGCCGGAGAGUUGUCUGGAGUCGAAACAUUCCAAGGAUGUCCUCAUUCCGGAAAAGCAGCAACAGCAGCAGCAGCAGCACCACCAUCAUCAUCAUCAACAGCCGCCGAAGCGCUCGGAAGAUCGGCAAGAUCUGCGAGCGAUCUCCGAGAUCAAGGACGACUCGAAUUUGCUCAUGUUUACGUCCUGCGGACAAUUGUUGCUCGGUGUCGUUCUGGUAGUCUUUGGCGUUCUGGUGCUCGUCCACGGCGCCGCUUUGGGUGGUUCCGGUGCGGGACUUUGGGCGGGCGCGGGUGCCCUAGUUGCCGGUUCGCUAGGAGUGGUUGCAACUUUAGCAACGUCGUCCACCAAACCAAAUUCUGCUUUCUCGUCAGCUCAUCUCGCAUCCAGCCUGAUCGCUCUCGCCCUCUCGAACAUGGCCGCCAUAACAGCUCUGACGGCGGUUGUAAGGGAUGCGCAGAGAACACCGGAAAUGUCACUUCUCACCCUCUCGGUUGACAACAACAACGUGGUGGAGGUGGACGACGGCUUGGCCGGUUUGCUGGCGAGCAUCGGCCUGCUGGUAGCUAGCGUAGCGGAGCUGCUGGUGUCCGGCUACAGCUGCCUGACCUUGACACCGAAAUUGUGCGGCUGUUUGCGAGCGAACGCCGCGGACGAGACGGCAUUGGCGAGCGACGGCCAUCUGAAGACGCACAACAUGGUCCACCAAUGGGUCAUCGCGCAGAAUCACGUGCCCGCUAAGAACCAACAGCCGCCGUUCUACGUGGUGCGACCGAUGACGAUGCCGAUGCAUCCCAUUAUUCAACCGCCGUACGGCAUCUCAGCGGGGCCCGGCAACUUUCCGCCCGGAGGAUUUGUGCCCGCUGGAACUCUUUCUAUGCCCGCACCGACGCCGUACGCUGCCAUGCCCGUUCUGCCCCACAUGCCCGCUUACGCCGGACGACCACCGUCUCAAUUGUUACGUACCAAACACAAACGUCAGUCGAACGCGAACACGGAGGAAUCGGAGAAAAAGCGGGAGACCAAGCACGAGUCGUCGUCGAAAAAGACGUCAUCGAUCGGCGGCGAGGAUCAAGUAGAUCUGGCACAGACCUAUACGGGACUGGACAAGAAAAUUUCCGAGGAAUUUAUUUCGAUCGCAAUGGAUCCGGAUAGAAAAUCAAAGGCUUCGAGUCAUCACGGCAGCGAAAUCGGAACUACGAAAACAUUUUGAUGAUUUCGAUUGUUUGAAAGAGUUGUUUGUUUUUUUACGUAUAUUCGCGACUGUUCUGAGAAUGAUUUAUUAUUACUCCUAUUCGUAGAUUGUGUCACCAAAUUCAUCGCGAAGUGUGCAGAGAGAAAGAUCGAGGUUGAUUGCGAGAAACCUUUGCAUUAAUCAAAUGUUAAAGCGUUUAUCACAUUGUUGGCGCGACAUAUCCCGAAAUUAAUUGUUGAUCGUUGCUUCGAGUAUCGUGAGCGCUUCCGUUUUUUUAUUGAGUAAUUUUACAAAUGAUAAAAAAAAACACUAAAACCAAUAUAACGUCUAAAUAACUUACGCAUAAUGUAUCUAUAAAAAAAAACUUAGAAGAGUAACAAACACUUAUAUAGUUAUAUAUUUUACAUAGUAAUAUAUAUGAAGCUUUUACGUACAUAAGUAGUUAUAUCUAUUGUUCUUUGUUUUCGGAAUAUUGUCCGCUUCUACCACGGAAACGGACAAAUUCUGUAGUUACCUGACAAUUACCUGAUGAACAUACUCGAUCUAUUUGUUUUUUUUUUUUUUUUGUUUUUUUUCUUAAACUUCUUUGAUAGAAGUUCAAAUGUUUGCUAUUAGAUAAUGCUUUUUUUGAUGAUUAUAAAGAUAUUGAUAUUUCUAUUUACGUCGCGAAUAAAAUUCAUCUCGCGCGAGUAAAAAAAACGAACGACUGUAUAUUGCACUUUGUUGCGGGAACUAUUGCAAUAAAUAAAAUUACGAUGUUAUGUUACAUUUUUCGUUUAAUAGUCAGCUUUUUUUUUAAUCUUAUUUUUACAAUGUACUAAAUAUGUUAUGAAUUUACAUUACAUAAUUGUUAUGUUGUACAGUCAUGGCUUCUUGGCUCUUGCUUACAAUAGCUUAAUCACGGUUAUGUAUAUAACAUAUAUAUUUAAAUAUAUUUUGUUAUAUGAUAUCACACAUUGCUUGAAAUUAACGUUUGUCAAGCAGCAUAAUGUUCCGAGUAAUGUAAAAUUGCGCGCUUUGAAAUAUUAGCGCUGUGAAAAAAAAAAAAAGAGAACAGUCAAUAAAGACACUUCUAUCGAA